ACGCCAGUCCGUUGCGCAUUAAUUGUUUCAGUUUUCGACGGGAUACGUUAUUGUGUAGUUGAUAGCAGAAGCUCCAUUACUUGCUGCAUCUAUCGACUGCUCGAUUUUCUUCGUUGAAGCUCGAAUUAUACGGAAUUCAAAAUGCGUGAGUGCAUCUCUAUCCACGUAGGUCAGGCUGGAGUACAGAUUGGAAAUGCCUGCUGGGAAUUGUAUUGCCUGGAGCAUGGUAUCCAGCCAGAUGGCCAAAUGCCAUCUGAUAAGACUAUUGGAGGAGGCGAUGACAGUUUCAAUACUUUCUUCAGCGAGACUGGCGCUGGCAAGCACGUUCCUAGAGCAGUAAUGAUCGAUUUAGAGCCAACAGUAGUUGAUGAGGUUCGUACAGGAACUUAUCGCCAGCUGUUCCAUCCAGAACAAUUAAUCACGGGUAAGGAGGACGCUGCCAAUAAUUACGCUCGUGGCCAUUACACGAUUGGCAAGGAGAUCGUAGACUUGGUAUUGGAUCGCAUUCGCAAGCUGGCUGAUCAAUGCACUGGUCUGCAAGGAUUUCUCAUUUUUCACUCGUUCGGCGGUGGCACCGGCUCAGGUUUUACAUCUCUUCUGAUGGAACGCCUGUCUGUGGACUAUGGAAAGAAAUCAAAACUGGAAUUUGCCAUUUAUCCCGCGCCUCAGGUUUCCACGGCUGUCGUCGAACCAUACAACUCCAUCCUGACCACGCACACUACACUGGAACAUUCCGACUGCGCCUUCAUGGUUGACAACGAGGCUAUUUAUGAUAUCUGUCGUCGCAAUCUGGAUAUCGAGCGGCCGACGUACACUAAUCUGAACAGACUGAUUGGACAAAUCGUGUCCUCCAUCACUGCUUCUCUGCGCUUCGACGGCGCUCUCAAUGUCGAUUUGACUGAAUUCCAAACCAACUUGGUGCCCUAUCCCAGGAUCCAUUUCCCUCUGGUGACGUACGCACCAGUUAUCUCUGCGGAGAAAGCGUAUCACGAACAGCUCUCUGUCGCCGAGAUUACAAACGCCUGUUUCGAGCCUGCUAAUCAGAUGGUGAAAUGCGAUCCCCGACACGGUAAAUAUAUGGCUUGUUGCAUGCUGUACAGAGGCGACGUUGUUCCCAAGGAUGUGAACGCCGCGAUUGCGACUAUCAAGACCAAGCGCACCAUCCAAUUCGUCGACUGGUGUCCGACCGGUUUCAAGGUUGGCAUCAACUAUCAACCUCCAACGGUGGUACCCGGCGGCGAUCUUGCUAAGGUUCAACGUGCGGUCUGCAUGUUGUCCAAUACCACUGCGAUUGCAGAGGCCUGGGCUCGUCUAGAUCACAAGUUCGAUCUGAUGUACGCCAAGAGAGCGUUCGUUCAUUGGUAUGUCGGCGAGGGUAUGGAAGAGGGCGAAUUCUCAGAGGCGCGUGAAGAUCUGGCGGCUCUCGAGAAGGAUUAUGAAGAAGUUGGUAUGGAUUCCGCAGAAGGCGAAGGAGAAGGAGCUGAAGAGUAUUAAGCAUUUCACGCUUGAAGCAUUUUUUUUUUAUUUUGUAUGACAGAACGCUUGUACAAGUCCAAAUAAAUAAUCUGAUUUGCAGAUAUAAUACAUGUA